AAAGGAAAUAAAGGGAUAAGGGACCACCCUCUUUCUCUCCUUGUUGUAAAAACAAUGAAAAUCUACACCUAGCUGCAAGUCUGCAACUGAGACCGAUUUCGAUAAGAUUGAUAACCAUGGCUUACAGUUCAUUUUUCUCACCGAACUUCACUCCUUUUUCAUCUGCAAGAUCAAUUAACCAUCAGUUAUCUUAUCAUCCGUACCUUCCUUCUACAUCUGUGGAAUACAACAAUAUCAGGAGGGAGUUAUUAGUUCCGAAAGUGGCUUCAGUUCCGUACCAGCCAAUUAAUGUGGACUAUUUGAAGGGAGAAUUUAGUGGCCAUGGGGUCACCUUUGAAGGUAUUGGUGACAAUUGUGUUGCCAAGAUGGGAUUGGAUAAUGGCAGCAGAGCUAUUUUGAUGCUACCAAGUGGUUUGAUCACAUCUUACAAGGUUCCGAUGUGGCACGGCGGCACGGUCGAGCUACUGCACACAUCGGUUUCCGAGGGAGAUGAAGGUGAGGCUGUGAUACAAGGUGGGGUGUCUUUGGCCCUCAACUGUGAAGAUGAUAAUGAAGUUUCAUGGUCUCCAAAUGAUUGGGUUCUUCGUGAUGUUAGAGGCGAUUCAAAUGAAUCUAUUAAGGUUGAACUGAUAAGCAGUGAUUCAGAAAAUAUGGUUGAAACAAGAUAUAUUGUUACACUACAAGAAGAUGUCUUAACCUCAGAGAUCUCAGUCACGAACUCGAAAUCGACACCAUUACACUGGACUGGAUCUUUUAUAAGCCAUUUAACCGUUAGCAGCCCGGAAGCAACAUAUGCACUUGGAUUAGAAGGAUCGGAUUUUCUCAAUGUGCCACCCUAUUUGUCCGAUUUUGCUAUAAUUCCUCCUGAUCUCGACGAGGAAAACAAGUCUGAGAUCGGCCAACUUUGGAGUCAAAUGGGACUUAAAAGGCUUUUAAGUGGCUUGAGACAAAAAAAUCAAAAGAAUGCCAGUGAAGAAGAAAUGGAGGGGGAAGAAGAUGAUGGCUAUAAGCAAUUAAAUGAGGAAAUGAGCAGGGUAUAUACCAGUGCACCUAGAUUCUUUACACUCAUUGACAGGGGUAGAAGAAACUCAGUUGCAGUAGGAAGAGAUGGAUUUGAUGAAAUGUAUCUGUUCAGUCCUGGUUCAAGCCAUGAAAUCUAUGGAGAGUAUUCUUAUAUAUGUGUAGGACAGUCAGCCAUGCUUAAACCUAUUAUCUUAGGUCCAGGAGAAGUGUGGAGAGGUUGGCAACAGUUACACAAUCCAAAUAUGUAAGUCAUACUUAACCAUUCUUUUUUAUGCAUCAAACAAACUUUCAUGGCUUGCAUGCCUGUUUAUAAAGGUGUUAGUAUGUUAUUGAUGA